AUGGACGAUCCAUGGGCCUCGCCCUGGGCAGACGAACUACAUCUGCGAAGUGAGACGAAAAAGGAAAAUAACGCGACCCAACCAGCGACCUUCGUUCGAGCCUCACCGUUGGCGUUGGAGGAGAAGUCAGAUUCGCCGUGGGGCAAUAGCGGCGACGAUGGGUUUGGGGACUGGGCGGCACUUCGUGAUGAUGCUGGGGAAUGUGGUAGAGAGGAUGGAUGGGAACGACCAUCUGCGGAAACAGUGGCUUUGUCCCAGGAUCAUGCAAAUGUAUUGUCUACUGAUUGGGACAUCCACUCUACCAUAGAGCAUGAUGGACCCUUGGAUAUAGCCCCCGCUCCUCUUCCAAGGCCUGCAGAACCUAUGCGAAGGUCUUCACCGGACCCGUGGGCAUUGGACAUACGGGGAAAGAUUGACCAGAAAGAAGCGUCUCCGGGAGCAAUUCAGGAUAAGGAGGAGGGGACUAGUCAGCAGAUCAUCAUUGAUCAUGGAGUUUCUAAGGCUUAUGAGGAUGGAAUGUCGAAAAUCUCAACCGACACGCAGCUACCUGACACUGCGAAGGAUGAUUUAAUAUCUGGGCAUAGCAGAUUGAAGGAGUCGACGGACGUAGAUCAGAGUGACAAACGGGUUUCUGUACCAUCAUCAGCUACGGGGCCAAGUCUCCAAACUCAAGAAAGUGGUCCGGUAUCAAGACCGUCUUCCUUGCUCUCAGAACGCAGCCGCCACGACGAGCAUUCACCAGAAUCACCCCGGACUUCUUUCGACGAAGAUCCGAAGCCUCUUGGAAACCAAAUUCCACGAAAAGCAUCCACAAAGAUUCAGGGCCUGGUGGAACAUUUCGAUGGGCUUGCCAAAAAAGAAGUCACUGACCCUCCCAUCCGUCGAACCAACAUUGCCCAAGAUGCACUGGGUGAGGAGUCAAAUGACGAAGAGGAGGACGAGGAUGAAUUAGAGGACUUCGGGGAGUUCGCAGAAGGCCAGUCCGGCGAUGACGAGGAGCCGCGAGAAAUAUCCAAGGACGAUGAUGGCAAAGAUCAGAGAAGCCAAUCUUCGGGGCUUCAGCACGGUGAACCUUCGGAGAGAGCUUCGAUGAGAAUCUACGGGCCAGUUGAGUUUACGUUGGAUAUCACGGAACUAGAGAAUAUAUUCUCUAGUAAUGUCCCCAUGCCUGCAGAAGGGAAUAUAUUCAUUCCCGAUUCAAUCCCGUUCGACUCUUUCAGCUCUACAGAGGAACGGAAAGCUUGGUAUAGAGUCUCCAGGUACGGUACCAUGCGGAAACAUAAUGCUGGUAACGAUGAGAAUUACGUCCGAGCCACCUGGAAGGAGUCCAAGAUACGUGAUGAAACAUUGAAAAUAGUGUCUCGAUGGAUGGAAGAGGAUCGUAGUAGUGGUCGUGUCGCUCUAGGUGGCGGCAGUCGGGGAAGUUCUGCAUUCGGCUGGAACGAUUCGAAAUCGCCGGCAGUGCCUUUAGCGCAUGCAUUUGCGAAGAAUCGAAAGCAGCAAUCAGUCAGGGCUCCUGUUACUGUGGAAGCAGUAGCUGAUGUUCCUCGAGAGUGGCCAAGAUUGGCGAGGGACCGCUCAACAACACAAUCACGAUCCGCUUCCGGACUGCGGCCAAAGAGCUCGGUCAAGUCUGUGCCAAAUCCAAACGAAGCCAAAAGCUACCCUGUAGUUCCUGUGGCGCCAGUGGCCGACUUCGGUUGGAAUGCGACUUUUGAAAACCUGAACCUCACCGCGCUCGAGAUCGGAUCGUCUGAACCCCUUUCAAACUCCGUAUCAACCUCCAAGUCGCAGUCACCUCCCCACCAGUCAAGGUUACCCCAUGGCUCCUUCUCCAGUACUAUCGUUUCAAGUCUCGUCGGAUCUAACUCAGUACCUAUUGCUACAGCCUCGAGCCUUGAUAUUCAACGUGGUCCUCCAGCCAUAAACAAGAUUAUCACCACAGCUGACUCUGUGAAUGUUAUCAACGACGAUGACGACUGGGGUGAGAUGAUCUCAUCGCCGGAUAAUCCAAGCGUGCCUGCUUUCCCGCCGCAGAGAGGACUUCGGCACAGCUUUGGAGGCCUGGAUGGCGAUGUGGCUCAGAUAUCGAACGUAUCCGAGAGAUCAGUUGACAUUCCUCAGUCUAAUUUAAAUCGUCGAACAUUGACGAGGUUUGAUGAGCCUCUUGUUCCCCAGAUCUUGCCCUCCCCCUUGACGGGUCAUCGGACUGCAUCCGAGGCAAAUGCCAUUACAGCUGCUCCGAGUAAUACUUUCUUGACGCCAAUCCGAUCGAUGCCGGUAGUCGAAACGUCGGUUGAUCCGUGGGCAUCAGCGGAUCUCUCUUUCUUCGAUACACCUGCUCCUGCACAGAAGGCCAUGCCACCAGCCACAGCCAAAGCAACCGUUUUCAAGGCCGUCAAAUCCAGUCCGUCUCCGAUGUCUCUCGGGAGUGAUCAAAUGCCCCGAGAGAAAAAUGAUCAGGAUCGUGUCGCCAGGGCAGUUGUGAGGGGUCUCCCGGACUUGUCUUACAUGCUCAGAAAAUGA